AUGAGAGCCAGUGAGCACCAAAAUCUGUGUGCAUGUGUGCGUGGCAGUCAGCGAGAGUGCAUGCUGCAGCGGCAGCGGCUCGAGCGCCAAUCAGCGCUUAGCGCUCUCAGUCGAUCCAAGCAAAACUCUGAGCGAGGCCUAAGAAUUGAGCUGGACUUUGAGCUGCUGGCCAUUGUUGCUGCUCGAUUUGGUGGCUCAACGCGGCGCUCAACACUCGCAUUGGCCUUUGAGGAGUCCAAGCAGGACGCACCAAACAAUAGAUACAACAGUUAUUACAGCAGCAGUGAGAACGAUUAUGGCAACAUUGAUGGCAUCGCCGACAAUGACAAUGACAACAACAACUAUAGCAACUACAACAAAGCCACAGCCGAAUGGCAGCAAAAACUAUAUGCAAAUUCCCAGGAGCAACAGCAGCAACAGCAACAAUUUGUUGAUGAUCCCGAGGCUGCUCGCAAUGACUUCCUUUCGCAAUUGUCUGACUUAAAUGCGGCUGUGCAAGGUGUAGGCAUGUUUGCUGCCCAGCACAGCAGCAACAGCAAUGCCAACAGCAACAGCAACAACAACAACAAUAGCGACAAGAACAACAAUGUGUGGCAAGCCGCAGCUGAAUUUGAAAGAGAACGAACGCAUUUGCCACUGGAACGUCAGAGUCGCAGCAGCUAUCUGAACAGGUAUGCAGCAGGGGCAGGAGCAGGAGCCAGAGCAGCAGCAGUCGGUCAACCGGAGCGCUAUGAAAUGCCCGUCGAGACGUCAGAGGAUGUUGAGGACGGCGUGGACAUUGAAGGCGAGGAGGACUAUGCAGUGGGCACAAAGGAUGCAGAUGAGCUAAGCGACCAGCUGCCCUAUGGCAUACAGAAUGUACGCAAGCGGCGCGUGCGCAGCGUUAUGCCGCCUCCAUUGCCACCACAGCAGCAGGGCAGCAGCGACGGUGUCACCUAUCAAUCGUUGUGCCCCACGAAGCGUGUGACUGUGAAGCUGGACAAUGGCGAGUAUCGGCCCAAUCACUAUGUCGAGGUGACCUGUGCCAACAACUAUGCUCCCUUACCUGCCCGCCUGCAUAGCUAUGACAACUAUAACUAUCGCAACAAUGAGCUGCCGUUGCUGCGUGCAUUGCUCAACGAGCGAGUUGGUGAGAAGCGUGAGAUCUGCUCGGCAACUGGCUUCGCGUGCAUUCAACUUAAUCGCACCAUUCACCUGAUACGCCUGAACGAAGGCAGCGGCUGCUGGGAGUCGGAGACGCGAACUGUGCCAUCUGGCUGUGAGUGCAUGUGGCCGAAGCAUAGCUAUGGCGACAUUGCUUCGUAUCAUCAGGCACAGAAACGUUUCCGGACCAGUCUGAACAAUCUUCAAGCACGCAUCGCAGCUGGUACUAUUGACUACACACCUGGCACGGGCUAUCGCCAGUUGACGCUGCGCACCCGAACACCGAAGGCAAGAGCAGGAUCAGGCGCAGCCGGACGCAGUCGACGGUCAGACCUCUUGGACUAUGAGAACUAUGAAUUGAAUUGAAUGACAUUACGGCAGAGAGCGCGUUUUUUCGGGACCAAGUGCCAAGCACAAUGGGUAGCACAUCACAAAUAAAAUUCUUGGAUCAUUUAGCAACUAAGUUGAAGGUGUACAUUAACAUAUUUUGUUCUUGCUGUGGUUUUAGCCGUAAUAC